AUGGCUGCCUCCUCGGAGAAUGUCGAGGUGGCCCGGGGGGCAGAUGGGAGGAAGUGGGUGACAAGGAGAAGGAGGCCGAUGAGAAAGGGGAACAGCAGGAAGAGAAAGCUGUGCAGGAGCUUUUCACCAAGUGGUCCAAAGCCUUUAAGGAUGAGGACUUCACCAGCGCUGGUGGCACAUCAUGGUAAACUUUCUCCAAAGUGUUUCAGCGCAUAUUACAAUUAUGGAUGUGCUUUGCUACGGAAUACUCAAUCAAAUCAAGAUUCGGUGAAGGGUGCAACCACUCAAAGUGAUACUUUAAUACCACAGGAUUUGGAUCUGGCCUGGAAAAUGUUGCAUGUUGCAAGAGCAAUAUCUGAGAAGAGUCCUGGCAGCACUAUGAAGAAAUAUCUAAGCUUUGUUGCUCUCACUGAAGUCUCUGUGCAAAGAGAAGACCUAGACUACACACUCAUUGCGUGCUUCAAAGCUUUGGCCAUCUUGGAGCAUUUGCUUGAGCCUGAUUAUCGUCAUAUUAUCAAUCUAAACGGACAUAUACGUUUCGCCUUCGAGUUGGUAUCCAAGUUUGGAGAUGCAAAGGCUAUUUCAAUGUGCAAGUCACUUAUAGAGAACCUGAAAAGGGCCAAUGAAGCUUUGUUGGCUUAUAAAGGUGAUGAUCCAUCAGCUACUGAAGUUGGCCCAGAAAAAUCCUCUCUAGCCAAGGAUAUAGAGUUCUCUACUGACAUACUCCCUCGGUGCUAA